AUGUACAAAUGGAUUCCAUUUGAGCUGGUUAGUUUCAACUUUUGCUGGGUUGACUCCUUGAUCGAGUCUAGAUUUAUUGUGGUCGAGAACGACGCAAUUGGGUCUGCUUUUUCAGAACAAUCCAGCAAUAUGAGAUCCAAAGCCACCAUAUUGUCAUCAGCUACAAUUUCAAACUCCUCAUCCCAAGAUGUGAAUUCAUCGUCAGAGAGUCGAGCUAGGUUUUUGAUCCUAAUAAAUGAUUGUAGAAUGAUCAUCAUAUCUGCAUCCUGUUUCCCCGAUUCAUACAUUCGGAUCGGUAUUCCAUUGAAUUCGACAACCUUUGAAGAAGACUCGACCAUGUUCCUCACAUCUGCUAAGAUAUCCGUCGCGAGAGUUUGUUUUAGAAUCUUGAAGUUCCAUUUGGCAUCAUAUUUGUCCGACACGUUUUGA